AGCUGGCCAGCCACCGCUGCAGGGUGUACUGACAGAGGAGUAAAAGGUUUAGACCCGCCCCACGAGGUUGGGAACUCUGUGCUGGUGGGAGCUUCUUCUCCUCCACACCACGCACACGUAAACAGCGACUGGAUACAUGUUUUACUGUAGGCCUAUAUAAAAAGGAAGUUUUCCACUAUGUCUUGUGUACAUAAACGCCCGAAAAGGACAACAUCAGAGGAACAGGCUUUUCAGGAACAUGUGAAAAAAGUUGCUCAGGAGAAUGGAAAACUGCUAGGUUUGGAGGGAGAUCCAGAUCUACAGUUUCUGCUGGCCGGUGGGAAGCUGGUCAAGGUCCGCAAGGACAACUGGAAGAAGAGUCGCUUCUUCAAACUGCAUGAUGACUGCAAGACACUGUGGCAAGAGUCCCGCAAAUUAGUCAAGCGAAACCAGACUUUCUCCCUCGAUGACAUUGAUUCAGUGCGCAGUGGCCGUCAGUCCCACGGGCUUAAUAAACAUACAGACCCCAUUGUUGAAGAGCAGUGCUUCUCCAUCAUCUUCAAGGGUCGCAAGAAAACUCUCGACCUAAUGGCGCCCAAUGUGACAGAGGCAAAACAGUGGGUCAACGGCCUGGACAAGAUCAUCAGCAACAUGCGCAACCUCAGCCCCCAGCAGAAUAGCGAGCAUUGGAUUUUCAACUGCAUGCGAAAAGCAGACAAGAAUAAGGACAACAAGAUGAACCUUAAAGAGGUGAAGCACUUCAUGAGACAGCUCAACAUUGAAAUGGACAACACUUACGCGGAAGACAUUUUCAAGAAAUGUGACACCUCAAAGUCAGGCACCCUGGAGGGCUCAGAGAUCAAGCUCUUCUAUGACAUGCUGACACACCGGGAGGAGAUAGAUGUGAUAUAUGGGAAUUACGCUCAAACAGAGGGUCAGAUGAGCGCCAGAGACCUGCUGAACUUCCUGUUGAAUGAGCAGAGGGAGCUGGCAUCCAUGGAGGACGCUGUCAAGCUGAUUGAAAAAUACGAGGUGGAUGGGACAGCAAAGCAGAAUAAGCGCAUGUCCAAAGAUGGAUUCCUGAUGUACAUGAACCAUGAGGACAGCUCCAUUCUAAACCCGGCCCACAUACCUGUUUAUCAGGACAUGCACCAGCCCCUCAACCAUUACUUUAUCUCCUCGUCACACAACACAUACCUGAUGGAAGACCAACUCAAAGGACCCAGCAGCACAGAAGCCUACAUAAAAGCACUGAUGAAGAGCUGUCGCUGUGUGGAGCUGGACUGUUGGGACGGGGCUAAUGGCGAGCCUGUCAUUUACCACGGCCACACACUCACAUCCAAAGUGCUCUUCAAAGACGUCAUCAAAGCAAUCAAAGAAUAUGCCUUCAAAACAUCUGAGUACCCAGUAAUCCUGUCCCUUGAGAACCACUGCAACAUAGAGCAACAAACUCUCAUGGCCAAUUACCUAAAAUCCAUCCUGGGUGAUGCUUUGGUCACAAAGCCUCUGGGCAACACCAAGCCCACAAACUUCCCCUCACCUGAGGAGCUGAAGGGGAGGUUCCUCGUCAAGGGAAAGCGAUUGAACAAACUCACUGCUUCCGUCGAAAAUCCCAGCACCGUAGAGGAAGGCACUGUGUCUGAUGAGGAUGAGGCUGAAGAAUGUAAAGAGGACAGCAUAAAAGAGCAACCAAAGAAAUUAACAAUCAAACUUGCCAAAGCGCUUUCUGACGUCGUCGUUUACUGCAAAAGUGUCCAUUUUAAGGACUUUGAACACUCCAAGGAGAACCACGCCUUCUAUGAGAUGUCAUCUUUCAAGGAGAGUAAAGCUUUGAACCUGGCUGAGACUUCAGCUACUGCCUACAUCCAUCACAACAUAGACAAACUCAGUAGGAUCUACCCAGCUGGCUCCAGAACUGACUCCUCCAACUAUAACCCAGUGCCCCUGUGGAACGUUGGCUGCCAGAUAGUGGCAUUGAACUUUCAGACUCCCCAAAAAGAAAUGCACAUAAACCAGGGUCGGUUUCUGCCAAACGGGUUUUGCGGCUACAUCCUGAAACCUGAAUUUCUGAGAGACAAGUCCUCUCAGUUCAAUCCCAGAAGCCUUUUUGAAGGACCCUGGCUAAAUAAGAAGACCCUUCACGUCAUGGUAAUCUCAGCUCAGCAGUUACCUAAACUCAACAAGGGCAAACACACCUCCAUUGUUGACCCUCUAGUGAAAGUGGAGAUCUACGGCGUCCCAGCAGACACCGCCAGCCAGGAGACACACUACAUUAAUAACAAUGGGUUUAACCCAACGUGGAACGAGAAGUUCACGUUUGACAUCAACGUCCCAGAACUAGCCAUGCUGCGUUUAUUGGUGGAGGACCAUGACACAGCAUCCUCCAAUGAUUUCGUCGGGCAGUACUGUCUACCGCUCACCAGUAUACAGAACGGCUAUCGCCGCGUGCCGCUGCUCACCAAGAGAGGUGACGUCAUCUGCUCAGCCGGACUCUUUCUGCAUCUCAUGCUCAUGGAUGCAAAGUAGGACCGCCUUUGGGUAAUGCUUCAGCAACAGCAUUUAUUUUUGAAAACUCUAAAGGAAGUUAAUAAUUUACCUCUGAUGAAAUAUUAUAUAGAUAGAGAAAAAAAAAAGAACGUCUAUCAUCUGUCGAUGAUGACUCACUGUUGUCUGCCUAGAACCUUCCUGUCAUUGUAGAAUUUUAGAAGUUGAGUGUGAGCUCCUAUGUGGCAGCAAUGAAUGGAAAUGUGGAUGAAAGAGCAGUGUGGGAUAUUAUUUAAAGAAAUUCAUUAAACUGUAUUUGCCAUAUUGGGGAGACGUAUAAUAAUUAGAGGUGUUAAGGUUGGAAUGCCAGCUUAAGAUAUCUUUUUUCAUAGUUUUUACAUUUUUACAGGUUUUAUAUUUCCUUUCGGGAUCAUACAAAUCAUGCUCAUGGAAACAAUGUAUUUGUCAAGAAGCACAACAAGCACCUAAUUGUUUCUUAAUUUUAAUGUCGUAAAACUGGAGCAACAGAAAAAGAAUGAUAUUGAGAUUCACAUGUCUGUGUUUAAAUGUCUCUUCAUUUUUAUGCCCUCCAGAGCGGACUGCUCCAAAAUGUUUGUCAAUGUUAUAAUUUUUGUAUCAUACUUUUUACUUCCUUUUGACUACUGAUAUGAUGAGCAUAUCAAGUAAUGAACUACCAUAUACAGUAUGAACAUGCUCUUAACAUAUUGAACCUUAGUUUACAUUUUGAAGUAUUUCAUGUCAAACAAAUCUUACUAUCUCAAAUAAAACAAGCCGAGUCCCUGA